CCUGUUAGUUCACCAGAUUUUGCCUGAAAGGACAGACAAAGACGAAGUGGCCACUGUCCUGCUGCGAAGAACAAUCUCGCGACUAGCCUACUCGCGAGCUAUCCACCCCCUCGUCUUCUCCUCCGUCAGAACAAUAAGACAGAUGUCGUCCGUCGAGGCCACGAUCGAGGCCGCUAAACGGCUCGCCGCGUUCACCGCGAUCGAUACGCAUUUCCCGAAAGACGCAAAAGUGGUCGGUAUUGGCUCGGGAUCGACUGUGAUCUACUGCGUGGAGCGCAUUGUGCAGAAGAAAGCCGCGGGCGAGAUCCCCGCCGACGUCGUCUACAUCCCCACGGGGUUCCAGAGUAAAGAACUGAUUAUCAACGGCGGCUUACAACUCGGUGCUGUGGAUGGCUACCCGGUCAUCGACGUCGCGUUUGAUGGCGCGGAUGAAGUCGACCCUGCGUUGAACUGCAUCAAGGGCGGCGGCGCGUGUCUGUUUCAGGAAAAACUGGUUGCUAUCUGCGCCAAAAAAUUCGUGCUCGUCGCGGACUUUCGCAAGAACUCGACCGCGCUUGGAACCCAGUGGCUGCAGGGCGUGCCGAUCGAGGUCGUUCCUACCGCGCACGCUAAAGUUCGGCAGGACUUGCUGGCGAUGGGAGCCAAGACGGUCACUUUGAGACUGGGAGGGAAGGCCAAGGCCGGGCCGGUGAUUACCGACAACUGCAACGUGAUUAUCGAUGCUCAUUUCGGAGAGAUUGCGGAUCCUAGCACGUUGGCGAGGGAGAUCAAGUUGCUGGUUGGUGUUGUUGAUGUCGGGUUGUUUAUCAACAUGGCGGCGGCUUCUUAUUUCGGAAACGAGGACGGAACUGUGACUGCAAAGUUCAGCAAUGGCGAUGUCAAGACUAUCCAGUAGGUGUAAAUACUUAUAGACUAAUUCAUUAAUACA